CCAGUGCUACUGGUGUCAUUUGCUUACACUAGUUUGUUUGGGGUACCUACGGUGCUCCGUUUGUAAAAAUGAUGGUUCCUACCCCCCCUAACCCNUUUCCGGUACCGGUACUGUACCGGUACCGUGUCCACCCCUACCCGUGCGAUCAUUUUCCAUUUACUAUACAAAAAUGCCCCACAGAUUGACAAACACUUCAUUUCGCUACAUAGAGUGCCUCAAGAACCAUGCGGCCAGCUGUGGACGGCUGCAGAGAAUUCAUGGCCGCCGGAGAAGAAGGCACCCCGGGAUCCUUAAAGUGCGCCGCUUGCAGCUGCCACCGCAACUUCCACCGCAAAGAAACACUAUGCGCCAUUCAUCAUAAUCAUCAUCGGCUCCGGCCUCCACCUCCUCUCCCCACAAUAAUGCAGCACCGACACAAUAGUAACAAUCAUCACUGCGGCAGGAGUACUCCGGCGGAGCCUCUGGCCGGAGCUCCGGCGGGGCCAUCCAGCGCAGAAGAUGGUAAGUCGCUGGUGUCAUCGGAACAGAGUGGCGGGUCAAAGGAGAAGAAGAAGAAGAGAAGAAGAAGGUUGAGAACAAAGUUCACACAAGAGCAGAGAGAUGGAAUGCAUGAAUUUGCAGAGAGGAUUGGGUGGAAGAUGAGGAAGGAAGAUGAAGAGGAAGUGCAGAAAUUCUGCAGAGAAGUUGGAUUGAAGAGGGAUGUUUUCAAGGUUUGGAUUCACAACACCAAACAAGCAAAGAAUAAGAAGAGACAAUUGUAACUUGUAAUUAAGUGAAACACAGAUAAAAAAACCAUCCAUUCAAAUAUGAUGAGUGGGGGCAAUUUAUGGAAAAAUAAACUCCAUUCUUGCAAUACCCCUAAACAUUGUUGUGUUAGCAAAUAGUGAUUAUUUCUCUAUGUUUAUAAGCUGAUCAAAACUGUUUAUAAACUAUUUUAAACAAGUUUCUCUGUGCUUAUAAGAUACUUAUAAGCUAGAAAAAAUAAGUAAGUCUUAC